AACAACAGCCGUCUUCUGAUUUUAUGAAUUGUUCUGCGUACAUACUUAAUUUAUUUUUCUGAUUCUAAAAAAAAAGAGCCAAAAUUAUUUUUAAUGGGGAUUAAGUGGUUAAUUGCAUUAAUAAUGUUGGUACUCUGAAUUAAAAGUAGGUCCCUUGCUGAUGACGUUAUACGUUUGACAUUGGAAUGGAGCGUGAUAGAAGGUCAACCCAAGACUCGAUAAGUAUUAGUGUGUCUGCUGUGGCAGCUGCCAUUCAGAAAAUGUCAAGGGUGCGAGUAGUGGACAACAGCUCUCUAGGAAAUACACCAUAUCAUCGUCCGCCAAGAGUGAUCCACGUCUACACCAAGAACGGCGUUGGAAAAGUUGGCGACAAAGUGUUACUUGCCAUCAAAGGCCAGAAGAAGAAAGCCCUAAUUGUAGGAAACAAAAUGCCUGGAGAUCGUAUGAAUCCGCGCUUUGACUCAAACAAUGUUGUUCUGAUUGAGGAGAACGGCAACCCAACAGGAACAAGGAUUAAGGUCCCUAUACCCACACAUCUCCGUCAACUGGAGGGAGGAGAUUAUUCUAAAGUCUUGGCGAUUGCUAGUUCAUUUGUAUGACUGUACCAUUCAACAGUGUCUUGUAUGUGAACAUUUUACACUCACAUUGUCUUUAAUAAACUAGACAGGACCAUAUCCAAACAUUAAUUUUACAUUGUACUUUGUUUUUCCAUAUAUACAGCAAUGUCCUUGUCAACAUGUCGGGCAUUUUAUUGGGUGUCCAUUAUGGUUACAAUAAAUAUGACCUUUACCUUCUAAAUGGAAGUGUCUGCUGCACUUU